AUGGUUCUCGGAAUAGUCAUGAUGGCGUCUAUGCUGCCAACCAUGAUUGGGUUAAACGAAGCUACCCAGGGUACACGCGACCAAGAGGAAAACCGAAAGACCUCAGCUCGCAAGCAGCGAUGCCACUUGGUGGCCACAUGUGCUCUCAGUCAGGGCACAGAGAGCCAACGCGGCCAAGUCCAGAAUGCCCGUGUAUAUGUGGGGCAAGACGGGAAACUCUAUAUCUCCAAGAAACCCAGCUCUGCGUUGUCUCCCUUCAAUGGUGGCUUCUACACCCACCCUGAUUUCCCUCCGAACAAUACAUCCGGUGUGGUGACGAUUACUGGCGAAGAGACCCCCACCUUGCGAUGGGUGUUCUUGGACGCUAACACGCACGAGAUGCGCUGGGGAGGGCGUCCCGACACUGAAGGCCACGUGUGUGGGCCCUUUGACUGGACGAAAGACGAGCAAUACAUGACGCUGGAGGGAUGGGAAGGGUGGCUGGCGGUUCGGUUGCCUGAAGAUGACACGCGAGAUCAAGCGGAGACAGACCUUGAGAUCGGCAAUGGCCGCGAGAUUUGGCGCUUGUAUUUUGACCAGCAUGAUAAUGGAGCCGAUCUUCCGCCCGGUUCCCAGGGCCUGGAAAUUCGCCUUAAGCGAGUCAUGGCGGAGUCAUGA